AUGUCUCACUGGCAGGGAUCCAAACUGUCUUUAACAACCAGCAACAGUUUCUACGAUGCCCUCUUCAACCGCUCCAGCUUUACAACCUUCACUCUGAUGGGCAUACCUGGCUUAGAGUCACAGCACUUGUGGCUAUCUUUUCCUUUCUCCUUCAUGUUUUUGGCCACCCUCAUUGGAAACGGUGCCAUCCUCUUCCUGGUGGCCACAGAGCCCACACUUCACACACCCAUGCACCUGCUCCUAGCUCUGCUGAUGGCGGCUGACCUCACAUCCACUCUGGCUCUGGUGCCUAAACUCCUCUUUCUCUUCUGGUUCAAUGAUCGGGAUAUAGCGGCCAAUGCCUGUUUCACUCAGAUGUUUUUCAUCCAUGGAGCAUCUGUGGUACGAUCAGCCCUACUUGUUGCAAUGGCCUUUGACCGGUUCGUGGCUGUGUGUGAGCCAUUACGCUACAACAGCGUCAUGAGCCAUUUCUUAGUUGGACGCCUAGGACUUGUAGCUCUAGCCAAGGGUGUGAUUCUCAUCCUACCAAUGCCUCUGCUGCUUCAAAGGUUGACCUUCUGCCGUAUGGCCAUUCCUCAUACCUACUGUGACCACAUGGCUGUGGUGAAACUGGCUUGUGAUGACACCAGACCUAACCGUAUCUAUGGUCUCUUUGUGCUUCUGCUUGUGGUGGGACUUGAUUUACUGCUGAUUGGCUUCUCCUAUGGUCUCAUCCUGCAGGCCGUGAUACGCCUCAAUUCUCGAGAUGCCACCUGCAAAGCCCUUAACACCUGCUCAGCCCACCUUUUUGUCAUCCUUGUCACUUAUGGCCCUGCCCUCUUUUCCUCCCUCACCCACCGCAUUGGUCACAAUAUCCCACCUCAUGCCCACAUUCUCCUUGCCAAUCUCUACCUUCUCCUGCCUUCAGUGUUCAACCCCAUCAUCUAUGGCAUAAAGAUGAAAGAAAUACAAACCAAGGUGGCCAAAUGCCUGUGCAGAGGACCUCCAUAG